CGUAAAAUACUGCUUCGCAUCCUUCGCCGGUUUCACUAGUGUUAGUACUAAAGUUCUCCAAGCCCGAGCUCCAGUUAAGUUGUAUCCUUCCAUCCUUCUGGUUUUUCGAUUAUCGAUCGAUUUCAUUCUGUGCUGUAAUAAAUUCUGCAAUCGUCGUAUCGCGUCUAGCAAUUCUGCUGAGCUUUUUACUGUUUCAAUCAUUGCAGUGAAUUAAAAAGUCUUCAAAAUUGUGUGGACAAUGAGUGAUUCGACUGUAAGGCAGCGCAAAAAAAGUGCUGGUGAAGGGAAACCUAGAAAAGUUAAAAUUCCGCACAGUUCUCAAACCGACGCAAGUCAGCAAAAUCGUAUGUGGGCUCGAUUAGUGCUCAUCAUCGGCAUCGCGAUAGUAGUGUAUUUUACUACAUUUCGAACUCGGGAAAAGAAGUUUGCCACACAAAAAGAAACACUAGAGUUGCGGUCUCAGAAUCUUGAUUGUUCAAAAUCAUAUUCUGAGGAAAUAGGCAAAUUCCCCGGCUGUAGCCCGAAUAUCUGCGGACGUUUUGUUACCGACACGCUAGUAGCAGUGGAAGAAGUUGAUAUUCUGUUAAAUCUUGCACGCUCUGGUUUUCAAUUCGGCCGUUCUUCGGGAGGAGCUUCCAUUCUGGAUCUUCAUUCAGGCGCUUUGUCGAAGGAUACUCAAUUCAUUAAUAUUUACAAAAUACCAGAGGCAAAACAGAUUUUUACGACUGAUCACAUUAAUACCUACAAGUUGGUUAAGGAGAAGGUUCAGCAAGCAGUCAGUAAUAUUUUCAAAAUUAACGGGGACUCUUUGUUCCUGACACAUCCAACCUUCUUCUCGCGCCUCACAAAUGAAUCAGCGAAAACCAUUCAUGACGAAUAUUGGCACGCACAUAUAGACAAGGACACGUACAGUUCGUUUCACUACACAACGCUCCUUUACUUAACGGAUUUUGGCAAGGAUUUCACCGGAGGCCGCUUCGUAUUUAUCGAUAAUCCGGGUAAGCAUAACAAAACCAAUGUUUACAUUGAACCAAAACGGGGUAGGGUUAGCGGAUUUACGUCAGGCGCAGAAAAUGUUCACCAUGUAGAACAAGUCGCUUCCGGUGUCAGGUAUGCACUGACGAUUUCCUUCACCUGUAAUAAGGAACAUGCCAUGGUUGAUCCACAAUUUGCCAUCGAAGAAGAUGAUGAACCGUAGAAUGUAAGGUUUUAUCUAAACAGUAUCCUAGUACCUACUAAUAAAAAGCAUUUCGUCUGUGGUAGCUGCAUAUAAACUAUAUGCUUUGAUCUACCCUAGACAGUUCUACAGAAAACUAAGAUUAAUGAGGCUUAAGGUCCAAACACAAAUGAUACGUCUACGCUACGGAGAAAUACAGGAUUAUAGGUCGGGCAACCGUCAAGAUUCCGGAACAUAAAUGUAUCAAUUGUGCUCGAAUCUUUAUUGAUAUUUCAGUUCUGAGCUGUAGCAAUAAGCUAUUCACAAAAUUUGGAUUUAAUCGGUGGAUAUUUAGGGGCCCUUUCCAGAAUACUGGUAAAGAUUUGUUAUCUUUAGCGUUUCCCAAGCACGACAGGUAUCAUAUAUUUCUCAUACAUGCUUACACUUUUCCUAUAAACCAUAAGCUCGCUGUAUCCUACUUCCGAUUUAUUCCAAAUUUUCAGAAGAAGCCGUUAAAUUGGCUAAAUAUUAGAAUAUGAAAUAGUCUCAUGAUACUUACACGAUAGUAUUGCGGCUAGGCCACAUAGAAGUGAAGCCUUGUUUGAACAACAUAGGUAUUUCUUCAGGCAUUUAUUAUUUAUUAGUUCAAAAUGUUCUGUUAUAUUUUUUUCUGCUUGAAUUAUUUAUUAGAG